UCUUCCUUUUCAUUUCAUUUCUUUUCGGAAUCUCCAAAUCUUUUGAUUGGUCAAUUUAGUGCAAAAGGAACCAACUUUGAACCCUUUGUCUGUAAAUCUGAAGUUGACAAUUCCCACCCUUUGGUUCAAUAACACCAGAAAAAAAUGAAGAAUGAAGAUUGGAGAGGAGGGUACUCGGAGACCAAUUCCGAUACAGAAAGCAUAGCCAGCGAAAGGGCGACGUUUAGUGGACCAUUAGGGGUAGGUGGUGGCAUUGUUUCCAGCAAAAGAGCUUCCAAAAAGAGUGCAACGUUCAAUCUUCCACCCGAAAUCACCAUGUCCAAGGCUAACUCCGCGGGCAGUUUCGCUAGUUUCGAUUCUUCGGCCGUUGCUGCUGCUGGCGAUGAUGACUACGUCGAAAUCACCCUUGAUAUCCUCGACGACUCCAUUGCGGUUCACAGAGUUCAAGGUGCCGAUGGAGGCCACGAAGACCCUGAGUUAUCGUUGUUAGCUAAGCGAACUCUAGAGAACAAGUCGGCUUCUUUUCGUUCCUAUCUGUUGAGGAACACGUCGGCUCGAAUCAAGCAGUUUUCUCAGGAACUGAAACGUGCAGUUUCGAGACGAUCUUCUAAUGCAGGCGGGAGAUUCGAUAGAAACAAAUCUGCUGCAGCUCAUGCCUUGAAAGGACUCAAGUUCAUCACUACAAAAACAGGGGCCUCUGGAAAUGGAUGGUCCUCGGUCGAGAAACGAUUCGAUGAUUUAACUGCCUCUACUAAUGGCCUCCUUCACCGCUCCCAAUUCGCCGAAUGCAUUGGGAUGAACCAGUCUAAAGAAUUUGCCGGUGAGCUGUUUCAAGCACUAGCUAGGAGGCACAAUGUAACUGGUGACUCCAUCUAUAAAAUACAACUCAAACAGUUCUGGGACCAGAUUUCUGACGAAAGCUUUGAUUCUAGACUCCAAACUUUCUUUGACAUGGUGGACAAAGAUGCUGACGGAAGGAUCACCGAAGAGGAAGUCAAGGAGAUUAUCAGUCUCAGUGCUUCUGCAAACAGACUUUCAAACAUUCAGAAACAGGCUGAAGAAUUUGCAGCUUUGAUCAUGGAAGAAUUGGAUCCAGAUAAUGCUGGAUACAUCAUGAUUCACAACCUGGAAACUCUCCUAUUGCAAGCUCCGAACCAAUCCAUGAGGGUAGGCGAUAGCCGUAUUCUGAGUCAAAUGUUAAGCCAGAAACUGAAACCUACUCAAGAGAACAACCCAUUAAAAAGGUGGUAUCACAAGACUAAGUACUUUAUAAUUGAUAACUGGCAAAGGAUCUCGGUUAUGAUGCUGUGGCUUAGCAUUAUGGGAGGCUUGUUCGCUUAUAAGUUCGUACAGUACCGGAACAAGGCCGUUUUUGAUGUGAUGGGCUACUGUGUUUGUGUUGCUAAAGGAGGUGCAGAGACUCUUAAAUUCAACAUGGCUUUGAUUUUAUUACCGGUGUGCAGAAACACCAUCACUUGGCUUAGAAACAAGACUAAAUUGGGCGCUGUUGUUCCCUUUGAUGACAACUUGAAUUUCCACAAGGUUAUUGCUGUUGGAAUCAGCAUUGGGGUAGCCCUACACGGAAUUGCUCAUUUAGCUUGUGAUUUUCCAAGGCUUCUUCAUGCCACUGAAGAAGAAUAUGAACCCAUGGAACCUUUCUUUGGGGAAGAGCAACCUCCAAACUAUUGGUGGUUUUUGAAGGGAGUUGAAGGUAUAACAGGUAUUAUAAUGGUGGUGCUAAUGGCCAUAGCUUUCACACUUGCUACUCCAUGGUUCAGGCGCAGCAAGCUCAACCUUCCCAAGUUCCUUAAGAAGCUCACUGGAUUCAAUGCAUUUUGGUAUUCUCAUCACCUUUUUGUUAUUGUCUACUCUCUCCUCAUUGUUCAUGGUAUUUACCUUUACCUCACCAAGAAAUGGUAUCAGAAAACGACAUGGAUGUAUCUAGCAGUGCCAACCACACUUUAUGCUUGCGAAAGGUUGAUUCGAGCUUUCAGAUCCAGUAUCAAGGCGGUUAAAAUUCUGAAGGUUGCUGUAUAUCCUGGAAACGUAUUGUCACUGCACAUGUCAAAGCCCCAAGGAUUCAAAUACAAAAGCGGGCAAUACAUGUUUGUCAACUGCUCUGCAGUCUCCUCAUUUGAGUGGCAUCCAUUCUCCAUCACUUCAGCACCAGGAGAUGACUACCUCAGCGUUCAUAUUCGAACUCUGGGUGAUUGGACAAGGCAGCUCAAAACUGUUUUCUCUGAGGUCUGUCAGCCUCCACCUGCUGGGAAAAGUGGAUUGCUUAGGGCAGAAGGAACCAAUACAAGCUUCCCUAAGAUUUUGAUCGACGGUCCAUACGGUGCUCCCGCGCAAGACUAUAAGAAAUAUGACGUGGUCCUCCUAGUGGGGCUCGGAAUCGGUGCCACCCCAAUGAUCAGCAUCGUGAAGGACAUCAUCAACAACAUGAAAAUGGAAGAAAUGGAAGAGGAUUCGUUUCCAGGGUCAGGCUUGGAGAACGGGAACUACAACAAGAACAAGAACAAGAACAACAAAGGGUUCAAAACAAGGAAAGCCUACUUCUAUUGGGUAACAAGGGAACAAGGGUCGUUCGAGUGGUUCAAAGGGAUAAUGAACGAAGUAGCGGAGAUGGACGAGCAGCGGGUGAUCGAGCUCCAUAACUACUGCACCAGCGUGUAUGAGGAAGGAGACGCCAGGUCGGCCCUCAUAACCAUGCUUCAAUCAUUGCACCAUGCCAAGAACGGUGUGGACGUGGUGUCGGGAACAAGGGUCAAAUCCCACUUUGCCAAGCCGAAUUGGCGUCAAGUCUACAAGAACAUCGCUCUACAUCAUCAAGGCGCAAGAAUUGGUGUUUUCUACUGUGGGGCACCCGCACUAACCAAAGAGCUAAGACAAUUAGCUUUGGAUUUCUCUCACAAGACAGGCACAAAGUUUGAUUUUCACAAAGAGAACUUUUAACAAAAUCCAGACUCGUGUUUUCUUUUAUUUUUUCAAAGUUAAAUUGUUUUUAAGGUUUUGUAUAUGAUUUAAUAAAUUUAAGUGGAUAUAGCUUUCAGAAAUAUAUAUAUAUAUAUAUAUAUAUAUGGUAUUUUGCUGCUUCUUUUUUAUUUGAAAUUCACGCAUUCAUGAAAAUGGCCUUAUUCUUGUUGAAUAUAGAAAAUUUGGUUAGAGUUACAUUUCUCUAGCACACUGAGAAUUAUUGUAACAAUUGAACCGCCUCUAUAUAUGUAAUCAAAGUCAUGUUUUUGGAGUGGGAAAGUACUUUAUUGUUUGU